GCAGAGUUUUGGGGAGUUGUUGGACAGCCAUUGCAGUGUCGUGGCUCAGUAACAAAACACGAAAGAGGCGAAGAAGACCUGGCAUCUCGCAGGCUCUCUGUGUUUCCUGACCGGGAGAUUAAUUUACAUGACUGCUAGAGCAAACACACUCGGAACACCAAUCUACACGUAAACAGCGGGAUUCAACAGCUCCGGAUAUGUCAUUCCUAUUUGAUUGGAUUUAUAGCGGUUUCAAUAGCGUACUACAGUUUUUAGGACUGUACAAGAAAUCUGGCAAAUUAGUAUUUCUUGGCCUGGACAAUGCUGGCAAAACAACACUACUGCACAUGCUCAAAGAUGACAGAUUGGGACAGCAUGUACCAACUUUACACCCAACCUCAGAAGAGCUGACGAUUGCUGGCAUGACUUUCACCACCUUUGACCUUGGAGGCCACGCACAAGCCCGCAGAGUGUGGAAAAACUACCUCCCUGCCAUUAAUGGCAUCGUCUUCCUUGUGGAUUGUGCAGACAACAUGAGAUUGGCCGAAUCAAAAGCAGAACUUGAUGCAUUAAUGACAGACGAGACCAUUGGAAACGUGCCUAUCCUAAUUCUGGGCAACAAGAUCGACAGACCAGAAGCCAUCAGUGAAGAAAGACUGAGGGAAAUUUUUGGAUUGUACGGACAGACGACAGGCAAAGGCAACAUUCCCAUGAAAGAGCUGAACACAAGACCACUGGAAGUGUUUAUGUGCAGUGUGUUGAAGAGGCAGGGCUACGGCGAGGGCUUCCGCUGGCUCUCCCAGUACAUCGAUUAAAAUGGCCAAGCCCCAUAAUGCACCGAUGUCACCACCACCACCACCAAGAGGGCGCUAAAUCCAACCACUCAAGACGCCCACCAUGACCACCAGUACCUUCAUAAUCAGCCCCAUCUUCAAUUAAUCAAGUCUGCCUCCACCCUCAAAGAAACCAGUACAACUCGAUCCCAAUAGACUUUUAUUGGUCGAACAUUUGGUUCCGCACUUAAAAACAUACCUGUGCGCACACAUACAUAUUCAUCAUCAUCUUUCCCUUUUUUUUUCUUUUUUAAGAGAGAAACAUAACAUUGGUUGUUCACAUUCAAACAGAUAAAUCUUUUCUAUAUUGCGUCAGUCAUUUGCUGCCCUCUGUCCCUCCUUCCCUCCAUCCGUUGAGUGUGAUGAUAGAUGCACAUAACUGUAAAUCUGUAUAUGAUUCUAUUGGUAUAUCAACAAUCCUCAAAGCCUCUUCCCCCUCUUCAACUCAUCUUGAGCAAAUGAGAGCAGCAUAGUUGUAUACAUUGCAGUACACUUUUUUAACAGUAAAGAAAUUAAUUUAACAUUGUAUGUAAUCGUUUUGGUUUGACCUGUUUCUAUUUUUUAUUUUUGUUUUUUAAUGGUUUCAGUAAAUUAAAGAUGUGGCCACAUCAACAGCCCUCACUACAGAGCUGUUUUCACCCAUUUAUAUGAAUGGACCAAUGCAUUAAUCUUAAUAUAUCAUAAAUUAGAUUUUUUUCCAGCGAAAGCUAAAAUACUUUAGUUCCAGGCUUCUGUCUUAUGGGCAGAGAAGCUCUGAAUGGAUACAAAUAGUCAGUGGGCUCCCUUUUCAAACAGAAGCAUGGGGUGGUAGUAUUACUUUUUUUUUUUUUUUUUUUUUUUUAAUAGGAAAUAAUACUGGCAAGGUUUGAUUAAAUUGUGUAGAUAACACAAUGAUCAGUUAAUGCAAAGACAACUAUUUAAAUUAAAUAUAAAACUUUGCAGUCAAUAGCCUGAAGGUAACAUGAUAGAAGCGAUGACAGGAGGAAUAAACAGACGGUUGUAACAUCUAGUAGUAGUCAGCGUUAGAAGUCCAUACAGGAGAUGUAUUUCCAGCUCAGACCUUUUCAAGGUGAAUCUAGUGACCAAGUGAAAACGGAGAACACGGUCCCACAGCGGGAACAGGUAGAUAGGCCUAACACACCUCUAUGAAAGGGACCAUAUAUAUGAAAUGUACAUGAACAUCGUACAUGGAUUUUGUGUUUAUAAGUGGUAUCCUUUGAUCUAUGUGCAUUACCAGAAACUAUUAUGCAUGCCUUGUUCUUUCGAUUUUUGUUUUGUUUUCCUUUUUUUUUUAUGACCAUUACUCAACAGGAGGGAAGAAGAUGCCAAAAUUUACAAUGAGAGAUGAUUGUCAUGUUUUUUUUUUAAAAGGAAACAAUGGAAUUGCGCAUAAUACACUUUUUCUGUCCCUGUCCCUUUGUGUCUCUUUCAUUCCCUCAUGACUAAGUGAUGAGCUGUUCCAACAAGGAUGGGACUUGCUGUUGUUUGCAUCAUAAUAAAAUGUAAUAAAUGUUUGCAAUGAAUAAUGGGCUUUAACAAUGA